AUGAGCUCGACUGGACCGCCCGCAGAGGCAAAACAGGCGCAGGCGAGCGCGUUGGCUGAACUCGAGGCUGCGCAGCGUAAGAAGCGGGCGAUUGACACGACCUUGUCAAAUCUCGAAGCGUCAAUUUGGGCGUUUGAGGGAUCGUACCUUGACGAGACGGCUGCUAGUGGGAACAUUAUCAAGGGCUUUGACAAUUACCUCAAGCCGCCGGCUAGUGGGACUAAGAAGAAGACGGACGCAAACGAGGUCGACCGCCUGUUCUCCACCAGCAGUGUCACGUCUCACCAGCCUCUGCCCAAGUAG